CAGAUGCAAUUUUGCGCUGUCACUGCCGCCCUUGUCAUCGGAGCCACGGCCGAACGGGGCCGCGUCGUUCCCGCCAUGGUUUUCACCUUUUUCUGGGCCACAAUCGUCUACUGCCCGGUCGCAUACUGGGCUUGGGGUGCCAAUGGAUGGGCCUUCCAAUACGGUGUUCUCGACUACGCCGGCGGCGGUCCCGUCGAAAUCGGAUCCGGUGUCUCGGCCUUGGCCUACUCUUGGGUCCUUGGUCGCCGCAAUGAGAAGAUGAUGCUCAACUUCCGGCCGCACAACAUCUCGCUGAUUACGCUUGGGACGAUUCUUCUGUGGUUCGGUUGGCUCGGCUUCAACGGCGGUUCUGCGUUCGGUGCUAACCUUCGUGCGACAAUGGCCUGCUGGAACAGCUGCCUGACCGCGAUGUUCGCCGCGAUGACCUGGUGCCUUCUCGAUUUCCGCCUGGCUAAGAAGUGGUCUCUUGUCGGCUGGUGCUCAGGCACCAUUUCUGGCCUCGUUGCUGCUACACCGGCCUCGGGUGUGAUCACCCCCUGGGCUAGCAUCAUCCUUGGUGUGGUUGCGGGUAUCGCCUGUAACUUCGGUACCAAGGUCAAGUUCAUGAUUGGUAUUGAUGACGCCCUCGAUGUGUUCGCUGAACACGCGGUUGGUGGAAUCGUCGGCUUGAUUUUCAACGGUUUCUUCGCGGCCGACUACAUCAUCGGGUUGGAUGGCGUCAACAUGGGGGCCGCCGGCGGUUUCCUCAACCAUCACUACCGCCAACUUUACGUGCAGAUCGCUUAUGUCGUUGCGACGUGUGCCUACACUUUUGUGAUGUCCGCCAUCCUCGCCAAGGUGAUCGACCUCAUCCCCGGCUUACACCUACGCGCUUCGUCCGACGCUGAGCUUCUUGGCAUGGAUGACGACCAGCACGGCGAGUUCGCUUAUGACUAUGUCGAGGUUCGCCGUGACUACCUCGCCUGGACACCCGCCGAACGAGACCCCAAGGAGGAUGGUGUGGUGGUCGUGCCCCAACACGGCAUCGCCGGUCACCAGGACAUGGUCGACAGUGCAAGAUUGCGUGGACCUGGUAGUUCCUCGGAGAAGGGCGGAAGUAGCGCGCCCGUCACUCCACCGCCAGAGCCAGAGAUGUCGAGCAAGCCGGUUGUGCCAGAAACGAUCAAUGAAAAGCCCAACGAGGCAACCCAAUAG